CGCGUGUACAUAUAAAUAGUCAACCUGACACAUUCAGUUACAUUCGAAAUUGAAGCGAGAGAAGUUUGUACGUAUUCGAAGAUGCCUAACAAAACCCAGACUACAUGUUGUGAGAGCAGCCCGCUGUCUUUUAAAGAUGGUUCCCUAGUGCCCGUUGGGACCAAGUGGUCAAAGACAAGUGUUCUGGUCAGUGUCCGGAACAACGAGCACGUGAGCGUUGACGGUAGCCCACCCGUCAUGACGCUAGUGCAUGGAAUCAAGGACUACGAUACAGUGACCUUCACCCUGGCUUGUUUGGCGGUUCUCGUAAAGGGCGUGAUGAUGUCGGUCUGCUAUCUCAGCCACAAGGUCAACGGGGUCACCUAUUACGUCACAGCACGUGAUGACCAGCAGGUCGUUCUACAGGAAGGCACCUGUGAUCCCGUUGUGAGUGUCACUGACGCGAGACUCUUCGAGAUGUUCGCACGAGACAAGGGAUGGUAUCAAUUCAGAAGCUUUACAAACAAAGAUCUGUUCCUCACUCACGACGGCCGUGGCUUGUGUCUCAAGACCAUGAGCUCCAGUGACCAACAGCAGUUCGACUUCGACCUCUUCCAUCUGAGCAACACAUAAAUACAUUCUCCACGGCCAGCAGGAGGUUAAGCUUAAGAGACGUUUUUGGAAGUUUUCGUAUCCCAAAGCUCAGUCCUUACUCUACAGCUUUGGUGUAACUUCCGGAACAGUCCGCGCAUGUCACACUCCUACCCUCCAGACUAUUCCAGAUAUACUGUUUUGUACUUUCCCACAUCGUUGUGGGGGCGGGUGCUAUGUGAAUUAACCUUACAAGGAUUUAGGUGUGUUUUUUAAUGUUAAAAAUGGAGAGAUUGCCAAAAACAUGAAAUCACUAAAAAUACUGAUUUUAUAAUAAUAAGGGACACGUAGAAAUACUCAAAUAUAUUUCGUCAAUGUUAUAACAUCACAUACUGACAUUAUUUUGUUAAGAAGCAUUUUUACUGAACAAUGCAGUCAACACCAGUUUUUAAAGCAAGAGGAAGAAUUCAAGUAACACCGAUGAUUUAUAUUUGCUCUUCAUAAUUGUAAUUAUAUCAUAAAUAUUUAGAAAAAAACCCAGAAGCGAUCGAAUUUCCCCCAAAGCAAAUAAUUAAUAAGUUGUGACAUUACUUUUAGUAAUUAUGAAAUCGUUCCCUUGGCACUCAAUCUCAUUAAAAUCAGACCUUAGUUCUCGCUUAUACCGCUAAAAAGAUCUGAAGACAUCCCAUUAGGGGUCACGUCAGAACGACCUUUCAUCCGACCAAUCAGAGCGUCGCUCACCAGAUUAUGAAAGUGACAGUCG